AUGGUAUUAACAGCUGUACUAUCGAUGAUUCGCUAUAUUGGCGACAUAGAUGAUUGGGAUUUUGUCGAUCGAUUACAUAGCUAUUUCACUACAAACAUUCUUAUCGCAUUCUCUAUCCUCGUUAGCUUCAAACAGUUUAGUGGAAAACCGGUGGAAUGUUUGGUACCUGAUAUCUUUAGUGGAUCAUGGGAACAGUAUGCAGAGAACUAUUGUUGGGCCCAAAAUACGUAUUAUAUACCAAUACGUGAAGUAGUUGCCGGUGUACCAACCACGGAGAAAAAACAACGGCGUAUAUCCUACUACCAGUGGGUGCCAUUUUUCCUAUUAGUUGAAGCAGCCUGCUUUCGAUUGCCUAGUCUAGUGUGGAAAUAUAUGGCUGGACAUUCUGGUAUUAAAUUACAUGAAAUUGUAAAGUUAUCUUCUGAUCCGAAUAACAUCAAACCAGAAAUAAAGAAAGCCAAUAUUAAAUCACUUACUCUGCACUUACAUGGGGCUUUAAGGUUUCAUCGAAGACUGCGAAAGAAGCAAAUUCAUCCUCACCGGUAUUUAAGAGUGUUUAACAUACCAUAUACAGCUUCAUUUGUCACUUAUACAUAUGUACUUACUAAACUGCUUUACCUAUCCAACGCUUGUGUUCAACUACUAAUCAUGAACAAGUUUCUUGAAACAGAUCGUUACAACUGGUAUGGUUUAGGAGCAGCACUUGAUCUGUUAAAUGGUACAACAUGGGAGCAGUCGGGAAUGUUUCCACGAGUAUCACUAUGUGAUUUUGAUGUUCGUGUGAUGGGAAAUAUUCAAGAGCACACCAUACAGUGCGUCCUUGUUAUUAAUAUUUUCAAUGAAAAAAUUUUUAUAUUUUUAUGGUUUUGGUACUUGGCUUUAAUAAUUUUUACUGCUGGUAGUCUGAUAUUCUGGAUUGCUGUAUGUUUAGUGCCCUAUCCUAAUCGAAAUUUUGUUAUUCGUCAUUUGGAAAUGAGUGAUUUACCUUUUGAUGCUCAAGAAAGCGAGGAAGAUGUGAAGCGAUUCAUAAAUAUGUAUUUAAAGAAUGAUGGGAUGUUUGUGGUACGGAUGAUAACACUCCAUUCUGGUGUUAUUUUUGGUAAUGAGCUGAUAUUUGCGUUAUGGAAAUCGUAUUUUGGUAUUGAGCCGCAAAUACGGCGUUGCAGCUCUUUCCCAGCAAGUGCCACGAUAUGGUCACCACCUACAGAUAAGCAGCUUGGUGAUUUAGACCUUACUCAGUUCGACAACGAUUCCAACCUAAAAUUGCUCCAAAAAAAAACUAUUGAAAAGAAAAAUAAUCGAAAUGCUAUGGAGACAGUGUUAGAUGCUACGGACAGUGAAAGAAAUCCACUAUUACUGACACAAAAGUCAACUGCUGCUACACAAAUUAUCACAAAUAGUUCUCCGAAAAAGCUGGUAAACAACGAAAAUCCUGUGAUUCAACGUCCGGUUCUUUCAUCUCAUUCACCUUCUGCAUUCAACAGUCCAACGGAAAAGGCUGCAAAAUUUAUGAUUUGA